AUGGAGAUUACGCUUCAGCUGGAAGCAGUCGGCUUGAAAACGAGCUUGAAGCUCUACUUGGACACUACUCGCCAGCAGCUUGCCGGCCUGCAGCACAUCAAUGCGUUGUUGCAGAUGUGCAUCUCGGAAGUUGAGUUCGACCCGGACCAACAACCUGCCUGGAGGGAGCUGCAAAAGCGCACGGAAAUCCUCAAGGUGAUGAGGAAUCGAAUCCGACUCGGCGGUCGCCGCUGGGCACCGGCCCUCUCGCCGAUCCCUUCGCCGGAGGCUCCAACCACUCAGCCUUGCCGCGCAAGCGCUUCAGAGCUUCGCCAGCGCUGGGAGGAGGAGGCUCAGGCAGAGGAGCUGUUGGAGCCUUUCCAACUCUCGGCGUUUACUUGGAUGGACACGGACAAAGCGACGGCUCCUGAAGAUUUGGCAGCCCAGGACACUGCAGAAACGGAUGAAGGCAGUGGAGGGGAUGAAAACAGUCCGUGCAGCCCGUCGAUCCUGAGUCCGCAGGCGUGCGGCGAUGAGAAUUCCUGCGGCCACCCGAAAUUGGAUUUCGAGUUCUCGCUGCGAGGACUGGACAUCUCCAAUUUUCGGCAGGCCGUUGCGCCCCCGAGCCUCCUCCGCAGGCAGGGAUCCUUGGCCAGCCAUGUGGUCGGCGCUUCUCCGUAUGCUUCGCUCUUCUUGCACGUCUUCCAAGGCUGUUCGCGGCACAUUACGAACCGCCAUUAUCCAAGCUACAUCGCGUCAGAUGGUGCUUUCAUGUUUAAGACUGGUCUGCGUGGCUCCCUCGGAUUGCCAGAGAUGUCACAGGGCAACGGUGUCGUUGUUUACGGCCAGUGUCGGCGUCACUUCCACUUCUAUUCUACUUUUGCACUUGGCGUGUCCAGUAUGGAUCCCGGCCAUACGGAUGCUUCGAUAAGCCAUGUGCCAACGCAGAAUCGGGAGGCGGGCUAUGACCAUGGUCAGGAUGAUGCUGAUGAGUCAGUGGCGCCGGCCAGCACCGGCAGCGCCGCAGAUGCUCCGACUGCCCAGGCAAAGGCCAAUGUUUCGGCCUCGCCGUCGCCGUCAUCUUCCCCAAGUCCGGGAAAAGGAGUUUGCGGCUUGCCCUUGCAAGCCGCACCCUGCGCUGAGGAGGCUGCGGAAUCCGGUGACGAGGCAUACAGCGAGGAUGAGGACUUCUGCGAGGAAGCCGAGGAUGAGAGCACUCCAAUGUCCAAAGGCAACAUGACGGGCUACAGCCACAGCGAGUGUCAGAGCGAGCAGGAGACAUCUCCCAGCGCUGAGAAGGCCAGGGAAGAGCAGGCGAAGGCGCCUGAGCCACCCAUCCUCCAGCGGCCCUCCGGAAUCAGCGCACUCAGCCAGGAGUCCGUCUCGCAGAUCCAGGCCCACUCACUGGCCACCAAGGCAUUUUCGACAUCCUUGUCAGCUCUUGCCCCUGGCGGCGAAGGGCCGGACGCGAGUGCGCCAAGCGAUGCCGGAAGCGACGCGCCCACAAGCGUAGAAGGCGGGUCACGUGACAUCCAGAAUGACGAUGAGGAUGUCGUUAGUGCGCGCUCUGACUCUGAAGACGAGAGUUGA